CCAUGAUUUCUGCCUUUGGCGCCGCUGACAGCCACCAAAACUCAGCCGGAACUCUGGGUUGUAUGCACUAGUCUGUCGUGCUGUCCUUCGUUUAGCUGUGCUGGCAGUGCUGAGCUUUGUUUCCCACUCUGCUGUGGUGACAGGGUUUUUUGACUGUUUUGAAUAUUUGGACAUUUUCAUCAUUAAACUCAGUUUUUUCACUUCUUACCUGGGUCCCCAGCGCUUGCCUCACCACACCUCACCUACACUCCAUGACACCAGGAGCCAGUUUUAAGAUGUUUUUUCGCUGUAAUUACUUUGCCAUUAGAACGUUUUCAGACAUGGCACAUUUUACUGGAUAUGGCUAGCAUGCAGCAGCGAGCGAACGAGCGGGAGUUUCAGUCUGCCGGUGUGCAAAGUAUUGAGUGAAUCCAUAUAAGCACGCCACACUUUUCAGAAUUGUAUUUGUUAAAAAAAAAAUUGCCUUGUGAUGCGACUUAAAUAUGGCAAAGUUCAAAGGUUAAGAUCAGUCCUCUGUUCACGAAUCAAACGCCGGCGUGUCUCCACAAACGACCAAAGCGUUUCUCCGUUUUCUCCCUCAGGCAGCCACAACGCCGUAACCUACUGCCUGGACAUGAACGACCGGUCUCCCGUGGACCCCAUGCAGCCGGACAUGCUCCAGAAGCUGGACAAAUACAUGAAGCCCCUCAUUCGCCCUUUUGUGUACAAGUGGGCGAAAACGCAGGAGUUCACCAUAAAGCACCAGCUGGACUGCGGUGUUAGAUACUGCGACCUGAGAAUCGCACACAGACCCAACGACCACUCCACGGACCUGUACUUCUACCACGGCGUCUACACCACGCUCACCGUCGAGGUAACCUCGAGAGGCGCGCAGACCCUAGUAGUUCUGACCGUCCUCACAGAGAUAAAGGAAUGGCUGGACUCUCAUCCCAAAGAGGUGGUGAUUCUGUCCUUCAGCCACUUCCUUGGUCUGAACCAGGAGCUCCACGUCCGGCUGCUCGCCAACAUCCGCGACACAUUCGCCUCCAAACUCUGCCCCAAAACGGAGGCGCUAACUCUUCGCAAUCUGUGGGCUUUGGGCUACCAGGUGAUUGCGUCCUACGAACACAGUAUUUCCAGCUCCCACGGCGACCUGUGGCCUCACAUUCCCUACUGGUGGGCCAACAAGUGCAGGGCCGAGGCGCUCAUCGAGGAGUUUGAGGCAAGAAAGCAACACGGUAGACCAGGCGGUUUCUUCGUCACCGGGAUCAAUCUGACGGAGGACCUGAAGUACAUCUGCACCCACCCCACCGAGUCCCUGAAGGACCUGGUGAUGUCCACGUACCCGGCGCUGCUGGGGUGGGUCAGGGAGCAGACGCCCGGCCCCAGACCGGGCUCCCUCAACAUCAUCGCCGGGGACUUCAUCACAGAGAGCCACUUCGCACCCACCGUCAUCACGCUGAACGAAAAGCUGCUGAAGUGGUCCUCGUGACUUCUCGCUCCAGAAAAGUGCCGUGCGUCUGCAGAAGCGGGGCAGACGUCAGAGCAUGAAAAGUCGUCGCACAAGUUUGUUUUGAUCGGAUGGAUGAAAACAUGUGAAUUAUUUAUUUGACCGUAAAUGCACUUACAGGGGGGAGGAAGGGGUGCAGUGGCGUGCACAUUUCAGUUCAAGCAGACUGUGUUUUUUUUAUGCGCUGACCCGAACUUCUUUGUUUACAUUCAGUUUGCGCUUUAUGCAACGCAUCGUAUCGGUUUUCACAAGUCAGCAGCGGGUUUGACGACUUGCUGACCGAAGCAAUAACAGUACAACUGAACCCCCCCCAAUCCCCCACCGCAGGAAGCACAGACUCUGCUCUCACCGAGGACUUGUAAAGGUAAACAAGAACGUUUUUGAGGAAUUAUGCCGGUGAAAGCUUUGAGACGUCGACUAUAAGACCUGGGGCUGCGUCAUGGAAUGUGGAAACUAUUUAUGCAAGUUUAUGCAAAAAAUGCAUGACAAGGAUUUCUUUGCAUGAACCCAGCACUGAUUGUUUUGUUUUCAAAAAUAGCUUUUAACCUCCAGCUGAGUUCUGAGAAGUGAACGCUGCACCGCCGUGCCUGUGGAGACUGGAGCUGUUCAAACUUCAAUAAUAAGAAACAUUCAGGUCUGGAAUGAGUGAGGGGAAAAUAAAAAAGAUAUCUGUUAUUAAGCUGCUGGAGAGCAGAUUAUUUAUGCUGUAAUCCAUUAUUUAUGUUUCAUAAUUCAUUGAUUUAGAUUAACAUGCAUUAUUUCUAUCCUCUUGGUUAUUUAGGUUGUUGCUUAUUUAGCGCCAGUUUCCAACAUUUGUCACCUCGAGGCACUUAUGUAAGAAGACAAACACCCACUUUAUAUACAGAAAUGUAUAAUUAAAGCAGGUGAAAAGUGAUCUGUGUAAGAAAACGUCCUGAGGAGGCAUGUGGUUUUUAACAGGCUGAGACCUCAACCAGAACUAGAUAGACAUUUAUUUAUUUAUUUUUCGGUCAGUUUUAACUUUUCCUUAUACAAGUCAAAAGAAGAGAAGGAAAAAAAAACACAAGACAAAACAAGUACAGAACAAUAUUUACAUUUCCAUCAAUGGCAAGAACACAAAGUGUAGACAGAAAAAAAAAAGUGUAGCUGAAAGUAGUUAUUUUGUUCUACAUAAAGCAUCAUCAAAAUCAAAGCAGCAGGAUGUCUUCUGUAGGUUUUACUAAAACAUGCUUUCAAGGAAUUCCACCAAAGUCUGUACACAAACUCAUAAAAGAAAACAUUAGCCAAACCUUAUUGAAUUUGAGAUCACAAAUUUAAAAAGUGGUAAUAAUUACAAAACAAAACAAACAAAAGAAAAAAUUGCAGGGCCAGGUUACAAAAAUGAAUUUAUAGAGCGGUAAGUUGUUGAAAUUAAUCUUGAGGCUGUUUUGGUUACUUUUUACACAAGAAAGUGCAAGUUCUGCCACAGCAUCAGACCUUAAUAAAAAUUACUGAAAUCCUC